AGCAGCGCGGAGCGGAGGCGCGGAGGAGGGCGCAGCCCCUCGGCUCUGCCCCGGCCGCGGCCCCCGGCGGGGCGCUGCGGUGUGCAUGGCCCUGCGCGGCCGGCGAUGGCUGCGUGAUGGCCCAGCGCGGGCAGCCCGCACCGCACGCCAUGGCUGCCAAAGAGGAGCUGUACAGCAAAGUCAUCCCCCGGCGGAACCGGCAGCACCGCGCGGGGACCAUCAAACACGGCUCGUCGCUGGAAAUCCUGCUGUCAAUGGGCUUCCCCAAAGCUCGGGCACAAAAAGCACUGGCAUCGACAGGUGGAAGAAGCGUCCAAGCAGCAUGCGACUGGCUGUUCUCCCAUGUGGGUGAUCCAUUCCUGGAUGACACCCUGCCUCGGGAGUACGUCCUCUACCUGCGCCCCACCGGCCCCCUGGCUCAGAAGCUCUCUGAGUUCUGGCAGCAAUCAAAGCAGAUCUGCGGGAAGAACAAAGCUCACAACAUUUUCCCACAUAUCACCCUGUGCCAGUUCUUUAUGUGUGAGGACAGCAAGGUCGAUGCUCUCACUGAAGCCCUGCAGGCCACCGUGAUGCGCUGGAAAUGCAAAUUCCCUGCCCCUCUGCCCUUGGAGCUCUACACGUCCUCCAACUUCAUCGGGCUUUUUGUCAAGGAGGAAAGUGCUGAGGUGCUCAAGAAGUUUGCUGCAGACUUUGCUGCAGAGGCUGCCUCCAAAGCAGAUGUGCACGUGGAGCCCCACAAGAAGCAGCUCCACGUGACGCUGGCCUAUCACUUCCACACCAGCCACCUGCCCACGCUGGAGAAGCUGGCACAGAACAUCGAUGUCAAGCUGGGCUGUGACUGGGUGGCUGCCAUAUUCUCCCGAGACAUACGCUUUGUUAACCAUGAGACUCUACAAGUGAUCUAUCCUUACACUCCCCAGAACGAUGAUGAACUCGAACUGGUUCCUGGGGACUUUAUUUUCAUGUCCCCAGUGGAACAAACCAGUACAAGUGAGGGCUGGAUUUAUGGCAUUUCCCUUGCAACCGGCUGUUCUGGGCUGCUGCCUGAAAAUUACAUCACGAAGGCGGAUGAAUGUGGGACCUGGGUGUUCCAUGGGUCCUACUCAAUCCUGAACACCACAUCUUCCCCCUCCCUUCAAGCAUUCACCGACGGAGCUCUGGAAAGAAGACAGCAGGAAGACCAAGGGCCUGGGGACACAGGGCCACUCACCAUCAUCUGCCAAAAUGUGCAGCCACUGAGAAUAAGCAGCCAGCCAGGGCCUCAGAAGCGCUGCCUCUUCGUCUGCAGGCAUGGGGAGAGAAUGGAUGUUGUUUUUGGGAAGUACUGGUUGUCGCAGUGUUUUGAUGCCAAAGGCAGGUACGUGCGCAGUAACCUGAAUAUGCCUCACAGCUUACCUCAGAGGAGCGGCGGGUUCAGGGACUAUGAAAAAGAUGCGCCCAUCACUGUGCUUGGCUGUACGCAGGCGAGGCUCGUUGGAGAAGCCUUGCUAGAAACUAACACCAUUGUAGACUACAUCUACAGCUCCCCAUCCCUUCGGUGCGUACAGACAGCACACAAUAUCCUGAAAGGUAUGCAACAAGAGAACAACCUGAAAAUUCGGAUAGAGCCAGGCUUGUUUGAAUGGACCAAGUGGGUCUCGGGGAACACACUACCUGCUUGGAUACCCCCCAUGGAUUUAGCUGCAGCUACUCUAAGCGUUGAUACAACCUACAGACCUCAUAUUCCUGUCAGCAAGUUAGUGGUUUCUGAAUCUUAUGAUACAUACAUAAGUAGAAGCUACCAAGUAACGAAAGAAAUCAUCAGUGAAUGUAAAGGCAAAGGAAACAACAUCCUGAUAGUGGCACACGCGUCCUCCCUGGAGGCUUGUACCUGCCAGCUCCAAGGGCUCUCGCCACAGAACUCCAAGGACUUUGUACAGAUGGUCCGAAAGAUUCCAUACUUGGGUUUUUGUUCAUGUGAAGAACUAGGAGAUACAGGUGUCUGGCAGCUUACAGAUCCCCCCAUCCUCCCUCUCACACACGGACCAACUGGAGGCUUUAACUGGAGAGAAACCUUACUACAAGAAUAAGCAAAGCUACACGAGCAAGGAAAACCCACGGCCUUUCCAAGCGUUGGAGAAUGUCUCUUCUUUCUUGUGUUUAUUGACAGUGGAAAAAUAGUCAUAGCAUUACGUGGAUUACACAAACAGCUGUUCUAGCAUAUCUCACACGGCCAGAGUCAUGCCAAAAUUCUCAUGUUCAAACGAGGCAAACACAAAAGGGAGCGAUUGGGGUGAAAAUAUUAAAAUAUAAGUUGAAAUUCUUGCACCGCAGGGAGGCUGUUCAGUCAGUAGCUCAGGUAGAUUUCUCCACCAUGAAUGGAGCUCUGAUCACACCAGUAACUUCCACUGCCUCCCGCACCACACCAGUAACAGCUAGCUCUGUGUGAAAGCCCAGCAUUCAGGAGGGGCUUUUUCAUUGCUAUUUUCCGCAGAGCAGUAGCAGGCUUGCUCAGGACCACGUGCUCACUCCUCACUCACAGCCCCCAGGUUCUUGGCACCUUUCAGAGGGCACUCCACCACCAGCAGGGAACAAGAGGUCAGUGCUGACUCACAGGCAGCACCAGAUGCUCCUCUCCUCUGGUCCAGCCCUCUGCUGGGUGCUGUGCUGGGCACACUGCUGAUGCAAAGGCUGUGGGAUGCUGAUCUGCAUCAGGAGAAGUGCUAAGUUUCACAGCACUUACUGAUGAAGAUGGCACAUCUGAAGAGGGCAUUAUGGUGAACAAAGACCAGGCACUGUUUCUUUUAAGUGGAGAUGGAAUAAACCUUUUCCAAUCAAAUAUGGAAGAUUUAUGAAGUGGUUUUGUUCCCCUCUUUAUUUAGAGGAUUGAAAUCCACUCUUGUGCACAGACCUAGCAUGAAGCAUUUGUGUCUUUGUCAUUUAGAAGACCCUGAAAAAGGGGUUCUGCCUUUACUGAGAUUUUUGUGCUGGUCGUUACACAGCAGUGGCUUUCUGCCAGCCCUGGUGAAGCCCUGCACUAAGCAGCUUUCUGCAGAGAGUAACAAACUCAAAACAACACUGAAAUUCAGCCUUUGCUGCCUGCUCUCCUUCCAAGUGCCAUCUGUCAUUAAGACAAAGCAGAGCUGAAAAAUCAGGGCACUGAAAUUCAGGAGCAGUAUGCUUUGUUCUACAUUCCAGUAAGGGAAAAGUUAGCUUUUGGGAGAAGGGAAGGGCUUCCAUCUGGACCUACAGCUUUUGAAAUCCCAGGAAGUUCUGCAGCAAACAGAGCUGCCGUCCUCAUAGUGCGGCAGCCUUGUCCUGCAAGAUGUCAACACCAGCUACUUCAGAAGAGAAUGCUACAACACCCCACAGAGGAGAGUUUAUAAUGCUAAUUGACCUAAAGAAAGCUGCUCGGAAGCUAAUCAGCUAGGUCUUCAGAAUGCUCCUACAGAUGUUUGUGUAGCUUACUUCGAGAAGGUACAGAAAACAUGCUUACAUGGGACAAAAGAAGACUUGAGCACACUCCUUCCUUGGUGUAGAUAAAAAUAACAGCAGGCCUAAAUUACCCAAAAAGGUGAUUGCUACAAUCUAGUCAAAGAAAAAAAGAUUUGCUUACCUGUCCCAAAGAUCACAGCUUGCCAAAUGCUCCAAAAGAGAGAAUCCCCAGGUAGAGACCCUUCCCUUAGGGCAGCUAGCCCUUAAAUGAGGCUUAGGGAGGGUAGAACCAGGCUUCUGGUCUCACAGGUGAAUUGCUUUCACUUGUGUUCACAGGGCUGGCUACAUUUGGACCAUUAUUCAGAGUAUGUCCAUAAAAUACAAUCAUAUUUACCAGAAAAGAGACUCUGGCAUCCUAGGGUACCCCUCUUCUACCCAGUUUUCCCUCUAUAGAAAGCACUAAUAUCCUUAUUUAAAACAUUUGCACAGAAGUUUAUAGAGGCCAACUUUAACAAAGGCUUAUAGUUCAUAAUAAGAUCAGAGCUUGAUUUGGGGCAAGUUUCUUUGGGGCAGGAGUAGCCUCACCUUGCAUUGGAUAAGAUGUAGCUGCACUUCCAGCAGCCAGAACAAACAAGAAGAAAAUUGCAACAACACCUUGUUUCUAAAGCAGGUAAAACGCUCUGCAGCUGUGGUGUAACGGAUGUUAAGGGGCUGAACUCAGCUUUGUCUCCACUUUAACGAGCUGAUCCUGAGCUGGCCAGGGCAAACACAGCAGAUGCUGUACAGAUGUUGACUCAGCAGAGAGCUCAUCCUGUGCAAUAUGUACAUUGUCACAAUGCAUAUCAAUAUCUAUUAUUUAUACAUUUAUGACUGUAAUACACGGUUGGCCAUUCAUAAGUGCAUUACAAUACCAGGGAUGUAUACUGAAAAGUCAGGGAAAUAACAUACAAGAUGACAGAAAAGAACUGCUUCUCCGCAGUUAUACUGCUGUCACUUUAGUUUUUAACUAUAAUUUAAACUCUUCUGGGCUGUGUACAGACGUUUUGAAGAGCGUUUCUGGCUUGUUUUCCUCCAAGCUUACUCACUGCAAAUUUGCAAAGGGUUUAUUUAAAACUGAAGAGGCGACAAUCACACGACAGCUGAUUUGGUUACUGAUGAGCGUGUGAUUCUCCGGAUGGCGUUUGGUCAGCAAGGCGUGAUGCAAAGCAGUGCAGGCUGCUGAAGUCCUACUGCAGAGUUUAUUCAGACAGAAGCGUGGAACAGAGAGGGAACAAAACCUGAAUGCACAAUUUGAAUAGCGUACUAGCUGAUCUUUGCAUAUAGUAAGUAAUGCAAAACAAAAGUGUUCUGUUUGAGAAGGUAAAAUAUGUUAAAAUACUCUCUUCUUAAAAAACUAUAUUUUUGGAUGCUUGGGAAAGUAUUUUGACAAUUGUAGUCUUAUCUCGCAUUAGAUUUUUCAGGUGUCAAGAAUGUCAGGAAGAAAAUCUUACUUCCUUCCAGCAUUUUGAUUUCUUGUAGGGGCUUUGUGUUAAAUAAUGUCAUGUUGAUGAGGCUUAUUGGGAGAAGAAAGAAAAAAAAAAAGAUGUUCAUUUUCCAUUUUUAA